UAAAUACUGGCUGUACUCCCAAGCAACUGGGGACGUUUAGGAUCGGGUUGGGAAUCCGAACAAGCGCUGGCAAGCAUUCUCAUUCACGUCGACCAUGGCUGCUUCAAGCUCAUUCACACCUCCGCGCAAAGUGAUCCUACUCAAGGAACAGCUCGAACACUUCCAAGCCUCCCAGGCACACCAAGACAUCGUCGCGUACAUCCAGACCCUCAACGACGCCGUCGUGGGUGUGAAGCUCGCGGACGAGUGUUCCGAGUCUCCCGGGGUGAAGGCGGUGUUGGGCGUGCUGGACGGGGUGGAGGAGAUCGCGCGGGCGACCCCGCCUGUGGACAACAAGGCGUCGCGGUUCGGGAACCCGGCUUUUAGGACGUUCUAUGACAAGGUCCAGGAGCUUGCGGUCUACUUCGGUGAAGCAUGGGGCAAUAGGACGCGUAUCGACUAUGGCAGCGGCAUGGAGCUCAACUUCCUCUGCUGUCGUGCAGAUAGUGAUCAUGUUGCUCUCGUUAUCAGGGUGUUUUGGAGAUACGUGCAGGUCAUGCGAGUCCUGCAAUCGACGUACUGGCUGGAGCCCGCGGGUUCGCAUGGCGUCUGGGGUCUCGACGACUACCAUUUCUUGCCGUUCCUCUUCGGUUCUGCGCAACUGCGAGGACACAAGUAUAUCAAGCCAAAGUCCAUUCAUGACGCCGACAUCGUGGAUGAGUAUUCCAAGUACUACAUGUACUUCGCCUGUAUCAAAUUCAUCAACUCUGUCAAGUCAGCCUCGCUGCGAUGGCACUCGCCCAUGCUCGACGACAUAUCCGCGGUCAAGACCUGGGACAAGGUCAACUCGGGGAUGAUCAAGAUGUACCUCGCGGAGGUCCUAGGCAAGCUGCCCCGAGCCGGCCAGGACGACGACGCGCACUGCGGCCACGACCACGCCCAUGCCGACAUGGGCGGGGCGGGCCAGCGCGAGGUCGGGUGGGGCGACUGCUGUGGCAUCCCGGUGCCGUCGGUGUUCGGGGCGGCCGCUGCAGAGAAGGGGAAAGGCCUUCCGGGCGCGGGGCUGGGCGGUCCUGGGGUCCGGGCUGUUCCCUUGACUGAGGAGGACGCGGAGAGCACGGCGCUUCUCCCGCCGGCUUUCUAGUGAGUAAUGCCCCCUCGACUGGCUGACGGGUCUGCAGCAGGGUGCUGGUGCGUGGCGGCGU